CGCCCGCUUAACCCCUGACACGACCUCUGCUCGGGCUGGGGGUGUGGGACCCCAAGGCCCCCGCGAACUGCCACGGGCCCAGGGCAGGGAGCCUGCAGGGCACUGGGGCCUCCUCUCCUGGACUCCCCAGAUGUGCCCCGAGCACCCACCCCUCCCUCCCAGGGGCCCACCCCCAUGCAGGGGGCAGGAGGAUGGGGGGAUGGCCCUUUUGUCCUCCGAGCUGCGCCCCUGACCCACGGAAGGUCUGGGGAUGGACACAGCCCCCGGCCUCCUCCCGUGUCCCGGACUCUGUGCAGCCGCGGCCCCGGCACGAGGGGGUUAAGGGAGCUGGGCCGCGGGGCCGGCCGGGCCGGGGACAUCAGAGCCCAGUGCAGCGAGGCCCAGCAGACGCGCCGCCGCCUGUGCACGCGGGGAUGGCCCUGAGCAGAGGAGGCCCGACCCUGGCACUGCUGCUCGCGACCGGGGCGCUGCUCAGCCUCAGCGGGCUACGGGGAGAGGAGCCCGGAGCGCCAAGGGCUGCCGAGAGCCUGCCGUGCCCGGCCGCGUGCACCUGCAGCUUCCAGGCUGACGCUGACACCGAUGUGCUCAGCGUCUUCUGCAGCAACCGGAACCUCACACAGCUGCCCAACGGCAUCCCGGCCAGUGCCAAGGCCCUGUGGCUGGACGGCAACAACCUAAGCGCCAUCCCCGCAGCAGCCUUCCAGAACCUCUCCAGCCUGGUCUUCCUCAACCUGCAGGGCAGCCAGCUGUGCCACCUGGAACCGGGCGCGCUCCUGGGCCUCGGGGCACUGGGCCACCUGCACCUGGAGCGCAACCAGCUGCGCAGCCUCGAUGUGCACACAUUUGCGCCCACCCCCGGCCUGGCCUCCCUCAGCCUCGGCCACAACCUGCUCGGCCGGCUGGAGGACGGCCUCUUCCAGGGCCUCGGGCAGCUCUGGGACCUCAACCUGGGCUGGAACGGCCUGGCCGUGCUGCCCGACCACGCCUUCCAGGGCCUGGCCGGCCUCCGCGAGCUUGUGCUGGCCGCCAACAAGCUGGCCUACCUGCAGCCUCCGCUGUUCUGCGGCCUUGGCGAGCUCCGGGAGCUCGCCCUGAGCAGGAACGCGCUGCGCGGCGUCAAGGCCGGCGUCUUGGCCAAGCUGCCCAAGCUGCAGAAGCUCUACUUGAGCCGCAACCUGAUCGCCACGGUGGCGCCUGGUGCCUUCCUGGGCAUGAGGGCGCUGCGCUGGCUCGACCUGUCCUACAACCGCAUCGGCAGCCUGCACGAGGACGCCUUCCCCGGCCUGCUGGGCCUGCACGUGCUGCGCCUGGCGCACAACACCCUGGGCAGCCUGCGGCCCGGCACUUUCCGGGACCUGCACUUCCUGGAGGAGCUGCAGCUCAGCCACAACCGCCUCCGGCAGCUGGCACAGGGAACCUUCACGGGCCUGGGGCGGCUGGAGGUGCUGACGCUCAACGACAACCAGCUCCAGGAGCUCCAGCCCCGCGCCUUCCUCGGUCUCCUGAACGUGGCUGUCAUGAACCUCUCGGGCAACUGCCUGCAGCACCUUCCGGAGCAGGUCUUCCAGGGCCUGGGCAAGCUGCACAGCCUGCACCUGGAGAGCAGCUGCCUGGGCCGCGUCGGCCCACACGCCUUCUCGGGCCUGUCGGGGCUGCGCCGGCUCUUCCUGCGGGACAACGGCCUCGCGGGCCUGGACGAGCACAGCCUGCAGGGGCUGCCCGAGCUGCUGGAGCUGGACCUCACCGCCAACCGCCUCACGCGCCUGCCGCCCCGGCUCUUCCAGGGCCUGGGCCAGCUCCAGUUCCUGCUGCUGUCCCACAACCGGCUGGCGGCACUGCCCCCCGAGGUGCUGGGGCCCCUGGGCCGCGCCCUCUGGCUGGACGUCUCGCACAACCGGCUGGAGGCCCUGCCCGAGGGGCUGCUCUCGCCGCUGGGGCAGCUGCGCUACCUGAACCUCGGCAACAACUCCCUGCGGACCUUCCUGCCGCAGCCCCCGGGCCUGGAGCGCCUGUGGCUCGAGGACAACCCCUGGGACUGCGGCUGUGCCCUCCAGGCGCUGAGGGGCCUGGCCCUGCGGGCCCCUGGGGUGGUGCCCCGCUUCGUGAGGGCGACCCCGGGGGGCGAUGACCACCAGCCGCCCACUUACAUCUACAACAACAUCACCUGCGCCAGCCCACCCGGCCUCGCCGGCCGUGACCUGCGGGACGUGGACGAGGCCCACUUUGCCCACUGCUGAGCCCAUGGCCAGGGCAGCUCUCGGGGACCUGGGCUGCCAGCUCAGCGAGGUUCAGGAGCCGGUGGUCCGGAAGGCCUGGCUGUGCCCGUCCUCACCCGGGGGGACUCGGGAGGCGGGCGUGUGGCCUGGAGGGCUCGGCUGGCACCGAUUAAAAGCAAGUAACCACC